CUUCAACAAUUCCUCUUUAUAUUAUUUAACAGUUUUAUCAAAUAUAAUAUUAUUUAAUGCAACUAUUGUGGUAGAAAUCUGCAAGUAAAGGCUCUCUAAGAUCUGACUAAAACCUAUGAAUAUCGAUGGUUCAGUUUCAAUACCAGCUUUUAAGACCACUCACAAGACAUGGUGGUUUGUUUCGACGACACAUUAAUUAUUCCAGAAGUGUUUGCCGGAAAAGAUCAUUCACAACAGACAGGAAUGAGAGGCCUGCUGUCUGUAUUGUUGGAAGUGGCCCUGCAGGAUUUUACACUUCACAAUAUUUGUUAAAGUUGCACGAGAAUCUAUCUGUUGACAUUUAUGACAAAUUGCCCGUACCAUUUGGUCUGGUUAGAUUUGGCGUUGCUCCUGAUCACCCUGAGACAAAGAAUUGUAUCAAUCAAUUUACAACAACAGCAAAGAAUGAGAGAUGCAGAUUUGUGGGCAAUGUUCACAUCGGGAAAGAUGUGUCUUUAGGUGAAUUAAAGGCUGCUUAUGAUGUUGUUAUUUUGUGCUAUGGUGCGGAAAACGACAGAAAACUUCAAGUUCCAGGCGAGGAACAUCAUGGUGUUUAUUCAGCUAGACAUUUUGUGGAAUGGUAUAAUGGUUUACCAGCAAGUAGUGACUUAAAGCCAGAUCUUAGUUCUGAGACUGCUGUCAUAAUUGGUCAAGGAAAUGUGGCUUUAGAUGUUGCAAGGAUUUUAUUAAAACCAGUUGAAAUGUUGGAGAAAACGGAUAUAUGUGAGCACGCUUUGGACCUGAUCCGAAAAAGCAAAGUGAAGCGAGUUUACGUCGUUGGCAGAAGAGGUCCUUUACAGAUAUCUUUCACAAUCAAAGAACUGCGUGAAAUGACAAAAUUACCUGGAUGUCGCUCCGUUUUCUCUCCGGAAGAUUUUCAACCCAUACGAGAAAUGAUUUCAGAAAUCCCGCGCCAGAAAAAGAGGUUGUUUGAGCUUCUCUGCAACACAGCAUUAAAUACCUCUCAACCUGACGAUACAAUGUCGGAGACUACAAAAGAGUUUAAAUUGCUGUUCCGUCGAAGUCCUGUUGAGAUUAUGAGUAGUGAUUCUGGAAGAGUUUCGGGGAUUAAAUUCGAAAUAAAUAAUUUAAAAGAGAUGCCAGAUGGAACAGUGAAAGCCAAUGGCAGUGGAAAGAUAGAAACUUUGAACUGUGGUCUGAUAUUCCGAAGUAUUGGUUACCGAAGUGUCGUUAUUGACGACGAAAUACCAUUUGAUGGUGGAGUGGUAUCUUGUGAAUCGAAUGAUGGUCAUGUCUCUGGAUUACCAGGUGUUUACUGCUGUGGUUGGGUAAGGACUGGCCCCACCGGAGUUAUCCUGAGUACAUUAAACGAAGGCAGAGCAACAGCUAAGAUUGUCGUCAGCGAUUUGAAACAAGGGAAGUUUCCAAGAAUCACUGAGAAAGAUAAAGGUUUCUUUGCUGUAAAUCACCUCUUGGAAUCCCGAGGGAUAAAACCAGUAUCGUUUAAACAAUGGGAACGUAUCGAUAAACACGAACAAGAGCUUGGUUUGCAGACAGGAAAACCGCGAGAAAAGAUUGUGGAGAACAGAACUCUUUUGAAUUUAGCGCAUGAAGUCGAUUAAAUAAUUUCUCCUAA